GUGGAACGGCACACCGCGUACGCGAGCACACGCGUCGUUCAAACGGCGAACAGUUGCGCUCUAACCUCGCUGGCAGUUGCAUCGCAAAGCAGCAGCAGCAUCAGCAACAGUGUGCAUGUGUGUGUGUUAGUGCGAAAGUGAAGUGGAAACCCCCCUCAAUAUCCCCGACUGCUGUGUUUUAAGUGUUUCCUCUCCUUCCAUCCCUUGCAAAUCGUGCGUGCAAACAGCAGCGUGCUUUUCCCGCGCGACAAACAAACAAGAAAUUCGGUCAUAAUUGCCGUUGCUCGUGAGUCGUGUUGUGGAGUCGACGUCGGGUUGGAGUGUGAAGCACGCGUUUUUCGCGACUCGCCCGCGUGGAAACUCUAAAAAUAAAACCAUCCGAAACACGGCUCCGAAGUCACCGAAAGUGUUGGCGGUGGUGCUAUCAACACUGUUGCGCCACUUACUGUAUAGGAUACUGUGUGCAGUGUGUCCUAACGCCUGGAACGGCAGUCUCUGCAACUGGGAAGUGAUUGGAUCGUAAGGUGUCUUCCGGAGUGUAGGACCGUAGGACGAAGACGAGGACUCGCGCUUGGCGUUUUAUUAGAUUACACGGACCACAAACUCCGGAGUGGCACACAACGACGUUAAAACCGUCUUUCAGUCUUCCCUAUUCUGCCACUGUGCGUGUAGAAUAGUGGACAGAACGAGCAGCGCAACCACGAAGACGACCUGCCCCGCGAUGAAAAUGGCCCAGGAGCGUCUUGAUCGUUAGUGAAACUGUGUCAUCGGUUGACUGCUGCUACCGGAAGCGAGUGGUUUAAUUAAAAACAACACGUCCAGACAUCAGAGACAGUUAUUAGGGAGUGUUCGUGUGUGUGUGUGAUAGCACAGUGCUCAUUUAUUCUAUAUCAAGUUCGAACCGAAGCUCACGAAGAUGGGUGCGCCACCUGCCAAGAAGCCGCUGGUGAACAGGAAUCUAAUAUCCUUGAAAAUUGUGCUCUUCCUGUUCUACGGAGCCCUAGGAUGUCUGCAUCCGUACAUCCAGAAGCACAUGACCCUGACCGGGCUGAAUUACUACGAGUCGCAGCUGGUGACGCUAAUUGCUCCGCUGGUGGCAAUUCUGGGUCCACUGAUAAUUGCCCCACUGGUCGAUCGGUUGGCAGGACGGGCUGGUGCAUCGUUCGGCAAACGGUUGCGCUUACUAGCCGCCCUCUGCAUGAUUCUGUCCGUUGUGCUCUACUCGGUGCUAUUCUUCGCCGUGCCGCGCGUAGAGCGUCAGGAAUCGAGUCGCUCGGAGGUGAGCUUCGCCUGCGACUAUGACGGUGCCAUCAUCUUUCAGCAGCGCUGUAGCGAGGAACGCACCUGCUAUCAGUGGAAACGCGAGAAGAUCGGCCAUCUGACGCUUACGAACUGUUCCUACACCUGCCAGAAACCGGUUGAGUUUGAAAACCUGAAUCACCCGUACACGAAAGGUUUGAUUCUGCCGUCGUCCACCGAGAGCUCGGUUGAGGAUGAAGACUACGACAUAAGCGACGAACCGCUGCCGGCACCGGAAAACAUCCGACAGGAGCCUAAAGUUGAGGUGGACAAUACGCCCAUCCCCGUGCCGCACAUCUGCGAGCACAAGGGCGAUCCGGAGCGGGAACUGUGCCACGCCUACACGUCCGCAUCGGAAUCGCUGAAGCUGGCCACGGUACUGCGCAGCGCCGUGAACGAGGAAAACGAAACGCACAGUGCCGAAUGGUGUCGCUAUCCGCUCGAUGGCUUCUCUUGCGACAUCCCCGAGAAGCAGAUCACCUGGAUGAAGCUGCUGACAAACUCUUCCAACUGUACGCCGAAGGUGGAGUGUGAGGUACACGACCCGUACGAUGACGAGGAGAGCGUUCUUUCGGAGAGUGUCUGUAUGCGCAUUGUUGGAGAUCCUGAGCUGACCUUCUGGUCGUACAUCACCCUCCGCUCGUUCGGCGAUGCGUUCCUGCUCGCCGUCAUCGUCCUCCUGAACGCAGCCACCAUCAUUGCGACGCGCGAAACCUCCUCCGGCCGCGGAGACUUUGGGCGACAGAUCGUUUGGGGUGCAAUUGGAUGGGCCGUCUCCUACUUCGCACUGGGCUGGUUCUUCGAAACGUACUACGGGUACGUUGGACUGGCCCUGCUCGCCGCUCUCGUGCUGCUCGUCUCGUCCGGCAUGCCCCUAACACCGCCGGAGAUGUGGUGGCACACGAAGUGCGGCAUGGUGGCGAUCCCGAUGUCCGCCAUCCGCCGGUACGGUCCCGAGUCGGCCGGCCUCUGCCUGGUCACGCUCAUCCUCGGCACGUUCUGGGCCGUGCUGGACAACUACGAGGGCGUGCUGGUGAAGACGUACGACAUCCAUCCGCCGGCCGACAGCUACUACGGUGAGGUUUGGAGUGCGUUCGUCGUGCUCGGCGCCUUGCUGACCAUCCCGACGCUCUGGUACGCGGAGAAGAUUGUCGAUUUCUGCGGCCACUCGAACAUCCUGAUUACCGCCAUCACGACGUUCAUCUUCCGCUUUUCGCUGCUCGCCACGACGGAGGUCGGCUGGUGGCGUGUCAUCAUCGAUUUCCUGUACCCGGUAACGCUCGGCCUGACGUGGCUGACGAUCGUGUUCUACAUGCGGCACAUUAUGCCACGCCGUAUCAUCACCACCGGCCAGGCGCUGCCCGUCAUCUUUCACUUCUGUCUCGGGCGCUUUGUCGGCGCACUGAUCGGCAUGUGGACGAAGAUUGACGAUCUGAUCAUCACCUUCCAGGCGCUCGCGAUCAGUGCGUGCGUCAUUGCGGUCGUUUACUUCCUGCUGUACCAUCUCGUGCUGGCGCCCCGUUGUGCCGCCCGGUUGCACCAUGAACCGUCCGCUUCGGCGCUUAACAUUACCGCGCCGGACGGGGCCAAUGGGCAGCAGCAGCAGACACCGCUGGCCCAGCCGGUACAGACGAACGGUAGCUAUCAGCCGCUCCGGAUCUAUCACAACUACCGUGGUCGGAAGGGUCACUUCCGCUACUAAGCCGCAGUGGUUCCCACACAAUCGACAACAAAAAGGCUCCGAGCUAUGCUAGUCCACUUUAGACUACUUGUUACACACCGCACGGGCGGUCCGUCCCAAAAGGGCGGGAGAGGAAGGGGCUGUACCGUGCUGAGGAAGCUUCCGUUCGACAGGUGCUUUGCGGUGUAGGAUGUAGGGCUGCUUCGGGAAAUAUCGUACCAAAAAAAAAAGUAGAACACAAAAUCGAUCGUUAAAUUUAAAAACGAAAACCGUUGGAUCAAGUGGAUGGUAGGCGAUCAUUGCAAUCAAAUUCUUCGUUUGUUUCGUUAAAUUAUUUGUGAAUCAGGACAGUUUAGGACAGCGUAUUUAUUAGCUUUUCGAAGCGGAGAAAUUCGUUUCCAUACUCCACACACACGAGGAAGACAAAGUAGGAAAUUUCAAAAGAAGUUCACACACCUUUCGCCAGUUUAUGCAAACCCAUCUCAGUGCUAGGUUCAAAUGAUUUGUUCUCUUCUCGCAAUGUUUUAGAGUUUAUAGGGUAAAAGUAUGUAAAAUGCAAAGUCAUUCGUCCGGCGUCUCGGUGUACACCGUUGAGUGUUCGCUUAGUUAACUAAGAUACGUCUUCUUAUUGUUUUAUCCUUCUUUUAUUCUACCGUUUUAGGAAUGGUUUAGUUUUAGCUUUAGGUUUACUAAUACGACACGAAACUCAGUUUUAGAUAAUCAAACCUUUCAUUAAUUUGAUUUACCAUUUUCUCAUUUUAUAUACCUUCAUCGUCGUCAAAAAGUCCAUUUCGCGUACCUCUCAAAUAGCUUAACAAUCGAUCAGACCCAACACGAUUAAUGGUAUAGAAGGACAAAGCAACUCUAAAACGCUAAAAGUCGCACACAUAAAUCGAAACAAUCGCUAACGAUGCAAACAAUGGAAAAACGACGACUCUGGGAGAGAUUCCUCCCCUCGAUAAUCCGAAUGUUGAUACAAGAACAAGGUACAAUCACUAUAUACGCUAUUUACUAUUUACACGCCUUACACACACACACAAACUCUCUACUAGAGCGCUCUACAGCAGCAACAAACAACCGAAUGAUGAUAAUUGUACGCCUUAAAUGUUAUGAAAGUCAUUUAACAAAAAUAUUCCCCCGGCUCACUAUCGUGAAAUUACGCGCAGAACGUGGGACAGGCUUCCUAAAGUGGAGUUUAAAGAUCGCUUCAAAAGCGAACGCAACGCUGCCAUUACGGUUUGCGACAGCCUGGGUUUGUUCCUUUUUCCCGCAUCACGUGAUGCUAUAAUAACGGUCGGUUGCGUUACACCCGAAUUACUGUGUACGUUUAAAAGGGUAACAACAACAAAAACAGAAACACUUUAUAUUUGUAAAUAAAGCUAAGCAAUAAUUGGAAUCCGA